AUGAGAUUGAUACUACCCAUCCUACUCCUUGCAGUUGGGACUGCAUUCGGACGCAAUUUCAAGAGAAGCCAAAAGAUUCCACUGACCCUUGACAUUGCAAGGCCUGUUCCAGAGCAUAUCGAAAGGGUUGAAUAUGAAAGCUUGCCAGAUGCCACUCAGUACAAGGUUAAGAAUUCUAGCAUGGACACCUACAUUAUUGGCGAUGUCCUUGAUUCAGUCGUAAUAAAUAAGAACAUGGAGUAG